AUUCCAAUAUUCAAUUUUUCUUGUGCAGAAAUUUUGAAAGGUGCAGACCUCUCUAAGGUGACAAGUAAAGUUGUCAGAAAACAGGUUGAAGAGAAGCUUGGUGUUGAUUUAAGUCACAGAAGGAAGGAAAUCGACGCACUCAUAAUGGCUGAUGUUGAAGAUCAGGUCAGCUCGGAGGAAGUUUCAGAGGAGGAGGACAAGGCAGCGAAGGAUGACGACUAUGCACCAGGUGCUGCCAAGAAGGCAAAGAAGGGCAAGGCCAAGAAGCGGAAGGCCGACAGUGAUGAAGAAGAUUCCGAUGAAGACUGGGCCAAGAAGAAGAAGAAGGCCUCGGCACCCGCUGCUGGCGGUGGUCGCAAGAAGUCAGCAUUCACGAAGUCCUUCAGGCUGUCCCCCGAGCUGGCUGAUGUUGUGGGCGCCGAGAUCAUGCCGCGUCAUGAGGUCGUCAAGAAGCUGUGGGCGGUCAUUAAAGAGCGCAACCUGCAGGAUCCCAAACAGAAACAGUUCGCUAUUUGCGAUGCUCAGCUCAUGAAAGUCUUUGGUGUCAAGAGGUUCCGAGCGUUCGGAAUGAUGUCGUACCUGAAGAACCACUUUGUGGAGGCGGUGUAAAUCAUCACUAGUUGUGCCGGUUGCUGGUUCGGAACUGCUGCUUACGUCAUCAUUGUAGCGAGUCUGACGUCAUCAUUGUAGGGAGUCUGACGUCAUCCUUGAAGCGAGUCUGACGUCAUCAUUGAAGCGAGUCUGACGUCAUCAUUGAAGCGAGUCUGACGUCAUCAUUGAAGCGAGUCUGACGUCAUCAUUUAAACGAGUCUGACGCGAGUUUGACAUUCAUUAUGUAUUUGGCGGCUGCCGUCAGGAUUGUACCGAGGCUAGCGUAAAAAUUAUAGCAAUGAUGACAUCAACAUUGUAAUGCUGUUCAUAUCUUACUUGCUCCAAUAUUAGCGUCAUAAUUUCACUGAUGUUGACGUCAUAGUUUUAAUGCAUACAUCAAUGUUUUGAUGAUGACGUCAUGAUUUCAAUACUGAUGCCUUGGAAGUAUUCCGGUUCCGUUGCCUGUGACCGAAUCUAUUUUUUUUUCCUUAUCAUUUUGUGACUCAGUUAAUUAAUUAAUAACCAUUCAUUCGCCAAGACAAAGUUUCAGGUGCAUUUUUCGUGACGGGAACAAAAGUUAUGUCGAUAACUUCUCGAAAUUUUAAUUGCUACUUAAAAUUUGACGGCAGCGUUGUUCACGAACGGCUUCGAAAUUGAAUUCAUUUUUCUUUUUGUGUGUACGACACAGCGCUGAAAUUUCUAAAGUGAAGUAUUGAGCACCUGGCGCGAAUUAAUUUUCAGUGAUUUUUUGAUGGAAUCGAAAUCUUUUUUAUGCGUUGUGUGUUACGGUGCGCUGUCGUGUGUAGUCGAAUGAAGGUGCGGCAGGUCGCAUUAUCCUCAUCUCUCAUGCGCCUCAUUUUCAUUGUGGCUGAGUCACCACUUAUUCGACGAUCACUGCCGCCAUCGUCGUGGUUCUUCAUCAUCGCUUGAAUAAUUAAAUCCCGCAAAUGACGAUGAAGUCACAAUAGCAUUUGGGAUCGCUUGGUGAAGCUCAGCUGCACUAAUUUACUUCUGAAGUAAUCUCGAUGUUCGUGGUUAGUCUUAACAUCAACUUGGUGAAGUUAGCUCUCCGCUCUGUGUAUUAAUAUUAAUUACAAGCAGCGCAUUCAUUUCAUUCCAUUUCAUCAACUCAUUUAGAUACUUUUUCCCGGAUCAUUUUUUCCUCCUCGUACAGAUAGGAAGUUUUUUCAGGUUUGUCGAUAGGCUGGAGUCCAGAUCUCCUUUCUCUGUUCAGAGUAAGAUUUGCCGAUUUGACGUUAGGUGAUUUUUUUUAAUAAAAUUUCUGGAUGAAGCCUU